CGCAGCGCGGCUUCCAGGUGAGCGCGGGCUGGCGAGCCCCGCGCUCUGCGUGUCUGGCCGGCGCCUGCUGGGUUCCACCGGGGCUGAAGCCCGCGCGCGGACCGCCCUUCUCUUCGCGGGAUCCUUAGCCACCAUAGCAGUGGGAUGCCUCCUGCUUUUAUCCUGGAGUUCAUCUCUGUGAAUUGAAUUUAUCACAGUAGCAUUUGUCUUCAAUUUGUGUGUUAACUAGAAACCGAGAAAAGACAUGAGGAGAUUUGUUUACUGCAAGGUGGUUCUGGCCACUUCGCUUAUGUGGGUUCUCGUGGAUGUCUUCCUACUGCUGUACUUCAGUGAGUGUAACAAGUGCGAUGACAAGAAGGAGCGGUCCCUUCUACCUGCCCUGAGGGCUGUUAUUUCAAGAAACCAAGAAGGUCCAGGAGAAAUGGGAAAAGCUGUGCUGAUUCCUAAAGAUGAUCAAGAGAAAAUGAAAGAACUAUUUAAAAUCAAUCAAUUUAAUCUUAUGGCCAGCGAUCUGAUUGCCCUUAAUAGAAGUCUGCCGGAUGUAAGAUUAGAAGGAUGCAAGACAAAAGUCUACCCUGAUGAACUUCCAAACACAAGUGUAGUCAUUGUGUUUCACAAUGAAGCAUGGAGCACUCUUCUUAGAACUGUUUAUAGUGUUAUAAAUCGCUCCCCACACUACUUACUCUCUGAGGUCAUCUUGGUAGAUGAUGCCAGUGAAAGAGAUUUUCUCAAGUUGACUUUAGAGAAUUACGUGAAGAAUUUAGAAGUCCCAGUCAAAAUUAUCAGGAUGGAAGAGCGCUCGGGGCUGAUACGUGCCCGUCUUCGAGGAGCAGCUGCUUCAAAGGGGCAGGUGAUAACUUUCCUGGAUGCACACUGUGAGUGCACGUUAGGAUGGCUGGAGCCCUUGCUGGCAAGAAUAAAGGAAGACAGGAAAACAGUUGUGUGCCCUAUCAUUGAUGUAAUUAGUGAUGAUACCUUUGAAUAUAUGGCUGGGUCAGAUAUGACUUAUGGAGGUUUUAACUGGAAACUGAAUUUCCGCUGGUAUCCUGUGCCCCAAAGAGAAAUGGACAGGAGAAAAGGAGACAGAACAUUACCUGUCAGGACCCCUACUAUGGCUGGUGGCCUAUUUUCUAUUGACAGAAACUACUUUGAAGAGAUAGGAACUUACGAUGCAGGAAUGGAUAUCUGGGGUGGAGAGAAUCUUGAAAUGUCUUUUAGGAUUUGGCAGUGUGGAGGCUCCCUGGAGAUUGUGACGUGCUCCCAUGUCGGUCAUGUGUUUCGGAAGGCCACCCCGUACACUUUCCCGGGUGGCACUGGUCAUGUCAUCAACAAGAACAACCGCAGACUGGCAGAAGUUUGGAUGGAUGAAUUUAAAGACUUCUUCUAUAUCAUAUCCCCAGGUGUUGUCAAAGUGGAUUACGGAGACGUGUCAGUCAGAAAAGCACUAAGAGAAAAUCUGAAGUGUAAGCCCUUUUCUUGGUACCUAGAAAACAUCUACCCAGACUCCCAGAUCCCGAGACGUUAUUAUUCACUUGGUGAGAUAAGAAAUGUUGAAACCAAUCAAUGUUUAGACAACAUGGGCCGGAAAGAAAAUGAAAAAGUGGGUAUAUUCAAUUGUCAUGGCAUGGGAGGAAACCAGGUGUUUUCUUAUACGGCUGACAAAGAAAUCAGAACUGAUGACUUGUGCUUGGAUGUAUCCAGACUCAAUGGACCUGUAAUCAUGUUAAAAUGCCACCACAUGAGAGGAAACCAGCUGUGGGAAUAUGAUGCAGAGAAAGCAGGUAAAUGGGAAUAUAAUUUCAAGAGACUGACCUUGAGACAUGUUAACAGUAACCAGUGUCUCGAUGAACCCUCUGAAGAAGAUAAAAUGGUGCCCACCAUGCAGGACUGUAGUGGAAGUAGAUCCCAACAAUGGCUGCUAAGGAACAUGACUUUGGGGGCAUGAAAAACAUUUGCCCCAAGCCAUGAACGUGUCUACACUUUUAUUUUUCCAUCAUUUACAUUAGGGGAAAAUAUUAACUUUGCUGAAUUGAAAGUUUUAAAAUUCUUUUUAGUAUUCUAAAACAGUUGUUUAUAAUUAAUUUUUAGAAGUGUUUGAGUAUUUCCCUACUAAAAUUUGUAUCUGAUUCAAGAAGCACAUUUAAAAAACAUGAAUAAUAGCAAACUGUUACUAAACAUUGAAACAACUUGAGAAACAAAUUGUUUGCUUUAAAUAAAGCUUUUAUUGCUCUGUCAUAGGGUUAGUUGGGGGGCAUUUUAUUUUUUGUUGAUUGAAAAGAAAUAAUGUAAAUGCCUUAUGAAAUACCUUCAUUAUAAAACAACAAUUGCUUUAUAAACUCACUCUACUGGAACUUCAUGGAAACAUGUUGAAUUUCUAUGUCAACAACAGCACUAAAUAUUAAAUUAUGAACAUUGAACUCACUGUACAAAAUGUUAGUUUCAAAAUUUUGUGCCAGGAAAAAAACUUGAUAUCGAGUACAUAGAGUCACUAUGAAGCAUCAUAUUUAAACAAAGAAAGAGGAGAACUCAAAACUUCCAUUUAAAUUAAAAACGUAUAUUCGAAUAGGAUAGGAAAAAGUUACACAGAUUUGGAAGGUAACAGGAUGAAGCUAAAAAAGGGUUGUAAGAGGGAGUAUAGCUGUAUUACAGUCAUUCUUGAGACAACGUGAAAAAAAUCCUGCUCGCUAAAUUGACUCAUAAACUCAGAACUCAGCAUCAUCUUUUCUACAUAAAUCAUGCCAUCCUUUGUCUCCUUAAUCUAAACACUGUGAUUUGUUACCAAUACCACAAAGAACAUAGGUAAGGGUAAAGUUUUAGCCUAAUGUUAAGCUCUUUCACAUUUAGAGGUUGUAGUUAAUUUAUUGUUCAUUUUUAUUUUGUUAAGAAAUAUAUUGCAGGGGCUGGGGAUUUAGCUCAGCGGCAUAAGCGCCUGCCUUGCAAGCAGGCAGUCGUGAGUUCAAUCCCCGGUACCGAUAAAAAAAAAAAAAAAAAAAAAAAAAAAAGAAAUAUAUUUCAAUCAGAUUAUAAUUGCUAUGUUAUAAUGUCAUUCUAUAAUUUUAUCACUAGAAGAGUAAACUCAAACACAUUAAUUAAUAUACAUUCUAAUUAAACUACUAAAUAUAAUUUUCCAUAAAUUAUGGCCCAAAGAAUACAGUCAUGAUUAGGCUAGUUUUUUACAAGUUCUUUCCGUUGAAAAACUCUUUGUGUUCAAAACACAUGAGCAGUUGAGACGAAAAUGAAGAAAAAAAUCUACAAAUGAGAUUUUUAUUGUUUUUAUAUUUGAAACUAUAUUUAGUGCCCCUAAAAUGGGUCUGCAUAAAAUGGGUUGUGUACAUUCUUUAUGAAUGUUCACAACAGCCAGAGAAACUGAAAGUGUCAGGCAGAAGAUUGGAAAAUGUGUCUUCUGGAGGAAAAGGUUCCACUUUUUGCUCUCAUAUUCACUUAUAAAGUUCUAAUAUAGAAAAGAUACUAAUCAGUUUGGCUACCCCAUCUCUCUCUCUCUCUCUCUCUCUCUCUCUCUCUCUCUCUCUCUCUCUCUCUCUCUCUCUCUCUCUCUCUCUCUCUCUCUCUCUCUCUCUCUCUCUCUCUUUCCCUCUCUCUCUCCAAAUCCAUCAUAAAAUUCCUCUGAUGCAUUUUUCAAAUGUAACUCACAAGCCAGUGCUUUGCUGCCACAUCCACAAUGUCAUUACCUCUUUAUUCUCAAAAUGUUUUAUUUAGUGAGCAACUUUUUCCAGUCUUUAUCUCCUUUUCUCAGUGCAGUAACCAUAGUGGUUCUAGUAGUUAGGAAUUUCACUGUGACAUUUCAUGUGCACACACUGUUCAAGUGACUUUUCAUCUGCCUUCAGUGCUACUGGAAAUCCUUCCUGAUGACACCCUUCACCACACACUUUCCCAAAUCCACAACACACACACACACACACACACACACACACACACACACACACACACAACUUCACUGCAACUGCUGUCUCUUAUCCUCCACACUUGACCCUGACUCCCAAGCAAGGUCUGUUCUCAAUCUUGAGCUCCCUGUGCCCCACAGGGCCCCACAGAGCUGUCUCAUUCACUGCCUUUGGUUUUAGGCAAACAUUGUUUCAGCAGUAAGGCAGACCACUGUUCCACUUGCUGUCUCCAUAUCCUGAACUUCAGACAAACUAUGAUUUUGCUACUUCAUUUCAGUGCACCUGUCUGCCUCUGUGAGCCCCACAAACCCAUUACACACUGUAGGAUAUGUGUCUUUUAUUUUUAUUAUUGUUGUAUUUUCCUUUUUUUUUUUUUUUUUUUUGCAUUACUGAUGGAUGAAACACAGGGAUUAGGAAUGCUGGCUAACUGUUCUACCAUGGAGCUAUGCCUACUGCCCUACAAAUCCUUUCUAAAGUCAGGGUUUCUGUCAGUUUUGUUCACUGAAUAUGUUCAGCAUCUGGUACAGUUUUGGCACUGAUGAAGUAUUCUUUAAAUACUUCUUGAAUUAAUGAACUGAAAAGUAUAUGCUAAAGUUGCUAAAUGCUACAGUAUUGUAUUUUUUUAUUUUAAAUUUUAGAGUCCAGUAAUAUAUUUAUACAGAAUUUAUACAACUUUGUCUUCAAAUGAUAAUCUUCUUCCUAACAUUCUUCAUAUUAAAAUAUGAACUUCCUUCAUAUUAAAAACAUUCUUCAUAUCAAAAUAUGAAUAUCCUUCAUAUGAAAAUGUUAUUUUAUAUUGUAGAAUAUCCUGCCUUAUGGAAAUGAAAUACAACAUUUUAUGGAAAUGCUGCUACCUUAUAUUAGUUGCUUCAUUAAGCUAAAACUAAUUUUAAUUUUCUAGUUGUGUUCAAUGGGCCACCUAAAGUUUUAAGUUUUGCCCAAGCGAGAUAUAUGUUCAUUCCCUUAAGAAACUAUAUAUUCAUGAUUUCAUACCUACUAAAUUUAUUUUAUAAUCAAGUCUAUGAACAAAAGAUAAUUUUAAAAACUAUCAAAAGCUUUGCAGAUGGUCAAUGAUUAGUUUUUAUGUAUUAAAUCUGAGACCUAGAUAUAUAAUUUAGUUUUCCCAGGAACCAUACAGCUACAAGAAGCUUUUCCACACUCUUUAUUGCUAGUAUAAUCUAACAUCAUUGCUCAAAUUUGUUAUUAGAGCCUGGUUCAUAAUAUCAUAAGAUUGUUACAGAUACCAAAUAUUCUUAAUUCAUGACAAUAUUGCAUAAGUGAUGAUAGGUGAUAUGGUUAAGAAAUAGUUCAAUGAUGUAUUUUAUUUACAAAAUACAUGCUGCUGGUAAUGCCAUAAGGAUAAAUUGAUAAUUAAAAAAUAUAGGAAGGGCACAGUAAUGAGAAAAACUUCUUUAAAUUUUUUGUUAUCAGAACAUUAUUUAGAAGUCUUAAAAUUUUUAUUAUAUUUUAUGCUUUAAUAAAAUUAGUUCUAUGAACAAUAAGACCUACAGGAAAAAUAAAGACAUUACCUGGAAACAGCAUGAUUAUUGAACAAUGAAAUUUGUCUAGCAUCAUUUAUCUAGCAAACUGAGUUUCAGGGAAAUUAAGUCUCUUCAGUAGCCACUUGUGAAAGAGUUUCUUCUAUUUACUUUAUAAUUAUAUUAAAGUUAAAAGUAAGAUUGGCCUACAAGUUGCACAGAGAAUUAGACCAUCUAUUACUGUAAACAUUGGCUGUUUUCUUUUAAAGGCUGCAGGGUAAUGAGGAAAUAUUUCUAAGCUUCCCACUGUAGCUCUCUAAUAAAAAUAACCCAUAACUUGAUUCUGCAUUGGUGCUUAGAAUCAUCAUAAUAAAUAAAAAGGAAAAAAGAGGGAGAGGAAAAAUAAACCCACACAAUAAAACAGGACCUUUAAAUUAAAUUUUAUCAAAUACUUAAUUUGAUGGGAAAUUAGGAACAUAGUAUGGAUUGUUUCAGUAAACCUCAAAAUAUCUUCUCAUACCCAUGUGUUUUGCCAUUUAUGAAAUAACAAUUAUAUACAAUCAUAACCAUCACAUUUGGAUUUCAUCUACAGAUGCUAACUCCAGUAUCAGAGAACAAAAAUUUGUGUGCAUCAUUGUUAAAAAAUUAUGAUAUCACAAAUACAAAAAUUUAAUAAAUACAAGAUCCUAAUGGAUGUGACACCUCCCACAAAUGGUCAUUGUACAUAACUGAUAACUUCAAGUCUUGAAUGAAUUUCAGGUUUGUUGGGCAGCACAGAUUCAGUUGUCUUAAAGCAGGUUGUGUUUCAGAAUUCAGCCACUGCCCACAUCUUUCUCAAAUAUAUUAAAAUAUGGAACAUAAAAGAUUGGCCAUUCCUCUGUAUAGUACAGGAUGUAUCUGAUUUGAUUCCACUGUGUUUAAACUGCUAAAAAAAAAUGUAAGCUUUUGUAUGAAUUUAAGGUGUUGAAUGAACACCAGCACUGUGUUUUAAAUUCCUCGUGUAAAUUUGUGCCCACCUUUUAUUUUAUAUUGAUCAAUAAAUUCUAAAGGAAAUUUUCA